AUGGCCGCAGCGGCAGACCUUUCACGAGGAUCUGUCCUUCUAUCCCUCUCUCUAGCUACCGCCGGCUUCGCCUUGGUCACAACGUUUGUUCGCUUCUACGCCCGGCGGGGCAUCGAUGGCGGGUUGCGGGGGGACGACUACGUGAGCGGGGUGGCGACGGUGAUAGCCCUCCUCGCAACCAUCUUCGGCGUCCUCGAAGGCACCGCCCCCGACGGCCCCCGCGCGAUGAUGUUCAACGUAAUCGGCCAGCCCUGGUACCUGGUCAGUGUCACGCUCAGCAAGAUCUCGAUCUGUCUGUUCUUCAUGGCCCUGUUGAAGCGGGCGCGGGCGCGGCAGUGGCAGGUUCUCCUCGCGGGCCUGAUUAUUUUGAUGGCCGCGACCAACUUGGCGCUGGCGCUGGCGGUGUAUCUUCGGUGUCAGCCGCUGGCGAAGGUGUGGGAUGGUGCGGUGGUGGGGAGUUGUGCGGAUCCGGCGAUUCAGACGGGGUUUGGGUAUGCGCAGGGAGCGUUCUCGGUGUUUUCCUGGGUCUUCCUCGCGCUCUUUUCGAUGCUCAUCAUCCGCGAUCUUGCCCGGGGUCGGCAAGCGGCCUGGCCAUUUUAUGCAACCUCUGUUCUGGGUUUCAUCUCGGGCGUAUUUGUCAUCGUCCGCACCGCGCAGACUUCUCAAACUACCGACACCAGCAUAUACACGGUGCAUUUCUUCUAUGCCUCGCUCAUGGCCAACCUCGAACAAAAUCUCGCCCUAACCACAUCCAACAUCCUCACCCUCGGCCCCCUCUUCUCCCCCACAACCACCUCAUCCUCCACAACCUCUUCCUCGACCACGACGGUCCACUCCCAAGACCGCCGCAAACGCCGCCGCCGCCGUAACCGUAAUCCCUAUGGCUCCUCGUCCUCGCGGCGCAGCGGCAAGUCCGCCGCCGUCCUCGGUAGUCACACCAGUAAUAGUAGUGGUGCGCUGAGUGAUAUGGGGAGUAGCACCAGGGCUAUUACCCAGGCCGAUGAAAGGGAAAACGGGAGGGCGAGUUCGAGGGGGAGUUCCCGAGGGGAUGAAUCCAGCCCAUACCCCCGGAGGGACGAUGACAAGGACGAGAUGGCAGGUGGAAACGGGGUAGGGGAGAUCGAGCGAAAGAGAACAACGCACCUAAUUAUCGAAGGGCCUGGAUACCGCAGCAACAACAGCAAGAACAACAACGACCCGGAUCACAUCCCAGGCCACGACCUCGCCGACGGCCGGCGUAUACCAGCCCCACCAUUCCACACUACAUCAUCCGGAUACGCCAGCGACGAUAGGCGAGACCUGGAAAGAGGAUACAAUUCUCUUUCUGAUUCUGACUCCCAGGACGGCAGCGAGGAUGACGGUGAUUAUGACGAGGGAAGUGAAAUCGACCUCGACCUAGAACUAUCAGCGUGGCCGCGGGGGAUUAUUAAAACGGUUAGUGUGGAGGUUGUGGAAGAGGUUAAUGAGGAGUAUGUCGCUGCUGUUGCUGCUGCUGCUGCGCACGCCCGGAGUAUUUCCAAUACCGGAGGCAUUACCCAGAACAACCCUGAUGGGAAGAAUCCGGGUAGUCGGGGCAGUGGUGGUACUACUGGAGUUGGGAAUAGCACGAAAGGCAUCGGGCGGAAUAGUGUUACUAUUGCACCGAGGGUGGUGGGCGCGGGUGGAGGGGGUGACAGGCUUAGUGGGGGGAGUGGGAUGGAACAGGACUGGGAGGCUAUGUUGAGGGCUGGGCCGCCGAGGUGA